AUAAAUAUUUUAGGAAAGACAACGUAUAUCUUGAAUUGAAGUAUUUAACUGAAAUCAAAUCGAAAAAUAAAAAGAAUGGCGAAAGAAGAAAAUAUAAAUGGUAAUGCUGACGGUGAGGAUACUGUUGAAGAAAAAUCUCAAAAAGAAAAAAAAACAGCAAAAUAUGAUAGUGGUGCAGCAGACUUGGAGAAAGUAACAGAUUAUGCCGAAGAAAAAGAGAUUUCCUCGCAAGAUGUAGCUAAUGCAAUAACUGCUAUUGGAGAUCGAAGAAACAAGGAAGCUCUUGAGAAACAAGCUCGAGAAAAGGAACUUUUGAAGGUUUCAAUCAAAAAAGAAGAUGUAGACCUCAUAGUGAAUGAAAUGGAAAUUUCAAGAACUAAGGCAGAAAGAUUUUUGAGAGAAUACCAUGGUAAUGUAGUAGAUGCCCUAGUUGCUCUAACAAAUUGAAAUAUUAUAGUCAAUAAAAUGUAAACUCUCAA